AUGAGACUGAGGAAGGCCAGGAGCGACGGUAAGGGGUUACCGUCAUCCACGGCCGCCGUUGACGACACGGCCCGCGAGAGGUCCGAGUCCGUGGCCCGCGCCAUCUCGUACUGCAAGGACACGCUCCGGCGCGGCACGUCGCGGUCGCGGUCGCCGUCCCCGCCGCCGCCUCCCUCGCCUAGCCUUGACGAGUGGCUCCACGACAGACAGGAGGAGAUCAUCGAGGCCGCCGCCAUGCACUGCGACGAGUGCAGGGACUCGCGGCCCUCGUCGGCGCGUCCUCGCCGGGCCGCCGGAUGGCCCCUCGGGAUGCAGACGAUGGCGAAGCGAUUCAAGGAGUCGCCGUGCCUGGCCUCGCCAAGCCGGGACAGUUCACUCGCCGCGUGCGCCGUCUCGCACAGCGAGGAGUCACCGCAACCGCAUCACGGCCACGGUUGCCGUGGCGAAUCGUCGAUGAGCAGUUUGGACGAGAUGGAAUUUCUGAAGACAUUCGAUGGGGACGAGGAGAUGAUCAAUCACCAUUUCAUCACUGGGGAGAUCUGA